GUUCAUUGUGGCUUGUGGCCGGUUUCUAGUGUGGUUAAAAGGCUAAAAGGUAUGGUUCCCAGAAGUAAAAGACUAGGUAUUUCACUCAUGGGCCCCAGGGGAUGGGGAAGAUCUUGUGGUCUUUGGGGGCUGAGGUCCCCACUUUAGUACUCCCUGUGCCCCUUGAGUGGCAUGUGGUGAGUGGUAGGACUCAAAAUAGUGAGCUGAGUCCUAGUGGUAGGAUGAGGAGAAUCUACCCCAAGUUACAUGGUGGGAAUCCUGUAACCCCUGAACUUGAACCACUUAACAUGCCUGGGAGAUAAGGUCUGGUGACAGGGUGGGUAGCGCCCCUCCUCUGUGUUAAGUUUAAUAAAGUUGCAGUGCACCACUUAAAAUGCAUCUCUGUGUUUGUUGUCCACAUUUGCCACUGUGUCUCUGUCAAUAUAGCCAAGGUCUUCUCACAUGUAACUGUGACUGAGUCAGCGCUGUGCUGUUGUUGGUCCUCUGGUCUGCAACUUUGCACUACCUCCUGUUAUGAAGCUGGGAGAAGCUGUGAAUCAGAUGUUAAUGCUGCCUAGAAUGUCUGCUCCUUAGUUUCACCAUCUCUUUCCAAUCAGCCAUGCACCCUGAGCAUCCCAUGGAGCUCCAAAUGUCCAUUGUUGCUAUGAAGGAGCUACUACCAGUAAUAAAACAAGAACAAGAGGACAUUCAAUGAAACGGGAAAACUACGAUCCUGUGAAACUUAUUUCAAUAAAUGCUUUAAUGGACAAGCUGCAUCUAAAAUAUGCACAAAAACCCUGGAUUGAAACUCUGAAACUUGUACGUCUUUGCAUGGAUAAACCACCUCGAGGUUCUGUUAGUGUUACCCCACAUCAUCCUUUACUCUCUUGCUUGGAGAAGAUACAGAGAACUUUAAAUGCUAAAUCUUUGUCUACUGUGAUGAGCAGAUUGGAAUUUUUAUCCAAACAAAGGGGGUUGAAAUUUCACAUAAGCCCCAAUGGAACAGCUUGCUAUUUAACAUCAGACAUGUUCUAUGUAGAAGUUCAGUUGGAGAAAGAUGGAAAGGUGAUAGAUGUAAAAUUGGCUCACCCUGGAGAAGCUCCGGUGGUUUGUGAUGAUCUAGUGCAGUUUCUAAGGAUGAAGAAUUAUGAUGCCUUUGGAAAGAUUCUAGAAGGCCUGUCAAAUCUGUAUCAAAUUCCAGGAAAUAGUGACAUGAAAGCUAAGGUAUAUCUUGCCUUGCAGUCUUUGGAAAAAGAUCUCUAUUCAAUGUCCCUUCUGUACAGAACACAGGAUGUAAACAGAGUUACUGAAGUACUUCAUGGAAAAGCAGGACACCUUGUGCAAAGAACUGGAGGAACCCCUAUGAACAUUGAAUAUUAUCUAUCUCCCUAUCAAGUUCUGGAAGAAGAGCUGAAUCCUGACUCCCAAGUAUGUGGAACCAAAGUAUUUGUAACUGUUGGAAGUUCAAACACAACACACAAACUUCCCAUUUCUCCAUUAAUUGUGGAUUCUCAGGCAGGAGAUGGCAGCCCUACUUUUUUACCACUGACUGAUGAACUCAGCAUGGAUUUGUCAGCUUGCUUUUUCUUGUCGUUUCAUCGGCCUUUUCCUAUGUCCUCAUCCAGUAUUCAAGAGAUACAGAAGUUUACAGGCAUGUUUAAUUAUCUGUAAGAUUAACUAUUUUUGAGUAUUCUACAUAGCUUGUUUCCUUUUUAUCUCCCUCAUACUAAUUUUGCAGGAGAUGCAUCCAGAUUUUCUACCUUCUCUGUG